AUGCCCAUUCUCGAAGGUGACUCUAUCCGCAUCACAAUCAUCAAAGCCAAUGAUCUCAUCGCCAUGGAUGUGAGUGGCUCAUCCGAUCCGUAUGUCAUCAUAUCCUCGGCUCUCAAUUUUUAUGAUGAAAUUAAAACAUCCAUCAUUAAAAAGAAUUUAAAUCCAGUUUGGGAAAAUGAAGAGUAUUCUUUUCGAUCACCCAAAGAUCGUCCCGAAGGUUGGACCAUUAAAUUUCGAGUCAUGGAUUAUGAUCUCAUGAAAAAGGAUGAUUUUUUAGGAGAUGCUGAAUUAGUGAUCAAUGAUGAUCGAUUUAAAGUGAACAGUGGAAAGGAAGAACAAGUGACAUUACCAUUGAAAGGUGUCAAGAAUGGAAAUUUGACUGUUGGCAUUUCAUUGAAGAGAGCAAACAUGAGUACAACGACUAGUACGCUGAAUGAUCUUCAAUCACCCAGUCCAAUUUCCUCUCCAAGAGGAUUUUCACAUUCGGAUCCAGUGUUUCGUGUCGAUAAUUUUCCCUAUUUUAUUUUCAAAGUUCCAAAACGAUUUAAAUUUGAUCCUCUCAAUAAGAAGGCACAUUCCAUUUCGUGUUAUUAUCAUGUGCCUGUGGUGAGUAGCGGUGGCAGUGGUGGUGAUAUUGUGAAGAAUGAAAACUCUGAGACUCCUAAUACUUUACCACAAGAAGGUGGGGUUGACAAUUAUGAACAUUUAACAUUUUCCUUUCGAGACAAUAUUCUUCAAGAGAUGAAUUUGGAAAAAGCCAAGCUCUAUACCAUAUUCAGUCUUAAAAAAACUCACAAAGAUUAUUCACGCAUAUCUGAGCAUGAUUUGAUCACUCUUGAGGAAGAUGUUGACGUGACUCAAUUAUUUGAAUCACAAUUUGCUGGAGUGUAUCGUUGGCAAUGGUUCUUUUGGGACUUUCCAGAAAAGAGAAAGACUCGUGUCAUUGUGUACAUGAUUCUCCCAGUUCAUACGUGUCGUUCCUUAAUUUCUGUGGUGUAUAAAACGACCCUUAAUGAUGAAGAGUUGAAAAAGAAACCAACAAGUGGUAGUAGCAGUGAAAAUCUCAAUAGUGUCCUUAUGGAAGGAGAUUCCAUGGUUCAAUCCAUUGUCAAGAGUAUUGAAAAAAUUGUGCAGCUUCAUUAA